CUGUUUGUGAGAUGUGUGGAAAAACUGGAAGAUUCAGCAGCUUCUGCUCCAAGUCCAAACGUUUUUGCAGCCUUUCCUGUUCCCGCUCUUAUGCAUCCCACUCCAAGAAAACUGUACUGCUGAACCGGCUGAAGGGAAAGGCUCCAAGUAAAAAAGUUCCUGCUCUGAACAAAGUCUCUUCGGUUCCAGUUGGAUUGGAUGCUUUUGACUGGGGCUUCUACCUGGAGAAGGAAACAUCUUUGGCUGCAUCUGUCUCCUGCUUUGAACAUGCUCCACUUAGUGAUUAUUGGGAUGAUAUCACUGUAGGGAUGAAGGUGGAGGUCCUCAACACCAAUGCAGUCCUUCCCAGCAAAGUUUACUGGAUUGCUACGGUCAUCCAGGUUGCAGGAUACAAAGCUCUGCUGAGAUAUGAAGGCUUCGAGCAUGACAGCAGCCAUGAUUUCUGGUGCAGCCUGGUUUCAGGAGAGCUUAAUCCGAUUGGGUGGUGCGCCAUGACAAGCAAGCUGUUGGUGCCGCCACAAGCCCAGAAUUGUCUACAUGGGGGAGGGUUUCUUUGAAGAAAGAAUGAAACUGGAGGCCAUUGAUCCCCUCAACCUUGGAAACAUCUGUGUUGCCACUGUGCACAAGGUGCUGCUGGACGGGUACCUGAUGGUGGGGAUUGAUGGUACUGCAACAAACAAUGGCUCUGAUUGGUUUUGUUAUCAUGCUUCUUCCCAUGCCAUUUUACCAGUUGGAUUCUGUAAAAAGAACAAAAUCACACUCUCUGUACCUAAUGGUUACGAUCCUCAGACCUUCACCUGGGAAAUGUACCUGAAUGAGACUGAAGCCAAAGCAGCACCAGCUCGACUCUUCAAUGCUGGCUACCCGGGUCAUGGUUUCUCCCCCAACAUGAAGCUGGAAGCAGUAGACCUGAUGGAACCGCGGCUUAUCUGUGUGGCCACUGUGAAGCGCUGCGUGUGUCGCCUGCUGCUUAUCCACUUUGACGGCUGGGAUGAUGAGUUUGACCAGUGGGUGGACCACCAGUCCCCUGACAUCUACCCUGUUGGCUGGUGUACGCUUGUGGGCUACCAGCUACAGCUGCCUGCUGGAUUGGUUGAUUUAACUGAAAACCAGGUGGCACGGAACAAGAAAACCAAGCCCUUCGUGUACAGGAAAAAGA